AUGUCAAAAAGCAAGUUCAAUGAGGAAAAAGGGAGAAAUCGAAAAUUAAGGAGCUCAAAUGAUAAAGAAAGUGUCUCUAAGGCGCUAAUUAACAGUAAAAGCAUUUUCCAAUCGGGAGCAGAAAGAUCGCGAAUUCGUAAGCCUCAUAAGAGAGGUCGGUCGGGUUUCUUCAGGGAUAUUGGUUCUGAACUUUUCCAACGUCUUUUGAUUGGCUUGACCGUUUUCUGUUGUCUCCUUGGUGUUCUUUACUUCGGCGUCCAGUUUAAUCAAGCAUCGAAACGACAGCGACAAUUCUAUACACCAAUCAAUCUUCCAACUGUGAUAGGUCCAAACGCGACUGCUCCUGAUCAAAAUCAUGAACUCUUUUGGGGAACUUAUCGACCAAAUAUCUUCUUCGGAAUGUCACACAGAAGUCCACAUUCGAUGCUAUUUGGAUUAGCAUGGGUGGCAUUCGAUGGGAAAUCCAUUGCUUUUCGUCACCAGUGCACUACUGAUGGUGAUUUGAAGAGUUAUAACUGGAUUGAACAUGAUGGUCGAAAUUACGGAAUUGAAUCGGUAAUAAGUGGAAAUCACAAUAUUACCGUGGCUUUCGUUAAGCGACCCAACACUCCUUAUGGUGGCGAUUGGACUGCCAGAAUUUCAGUGUCUCCGGUUAAUAAGUCACUUUCAAUGUUGCCCAUUUCUGUUCUCUUCUACGCUUACCUACCUGACAUCUCGCGCGGACGCAUUCAAUCGUAUGCUGAUAAACGCGAACUGAAACGACUGAGAGGUUUCACGCACGAGUUGGGCGCCUUCCAGGUUAACUUCCACGCAGCAAAAAACAGGAGUCACGAGUCCACUCAUCUUGCUGGUUACUGUCCGCGAGAGGAUGCAAUUGUGGCGGCGCUUUCAAGUGGUCUGGCUCUCCGAGAUGAACCCUCAGUCUUCUUCACCGGUCGGCAAGAGGGCCUUUACGGUCCCAAUGUUCCCAUGCCCGACGUCCCUGCCAAUAUCUGGGCGAGUGAGGCCACUCUCCCUGGUAUUCGAACUGAAGACACUAUGCCAGACAAAGUAGACGUACUGGAAGUGGAAUUUGUGAGUCAGGCUUCCACUUCGUCGGAUGCUGUUCCACUCACGGGGAAGGAGUUUGAUGCUGCGCUGGCAAGACAUUCAAAAGCAUUUCACGAGAACUUUGCUAAGAAAUUUCCUCACGAUCCAAAAGCAUUUAGUGAUAAACAGAUAGAAAUGUCGAAAAUCACUCUGAGCAAUAUGUUGGGUGGAAUUGGUUACUUCUAUGGAACUAGCCUAAUUACCGCAUCACCACUCAACAACAAGUCAAAUGCGGAGCCUGUGAUUUUGGAAUACUUUCCAGCAAGUCUUUUCACCGCCACUCCAUCAAGAAGUAAAUUUCCAAGGGGUUUUCUCUGGGAUGAAGGGUUCCAUGCUCUUCUUCUCGGUCGUUGGGAUGUUGAAUUGGCACUGCAGAGCCUGGGUCAUUGGUUGGAUCUACUCAGUGCAGAGGGAUGGAUUCCACGAGAGCAGAUUUUGGGUUGGGAGGCGAGAGCUGUGGUACCCAAGGAGUUUAUCGUUCAAUCAACGUCAGUUGCCAAUCCUCCUGCUCUCAUUCUUGCUAUUGAAGAAUUGCUGGAUCGAAGAGAGGCACACAUGUCAAAAGAAGAGAAGGCUAUGUUCGACCGAUGGAUGCUUCUUGCUCUUCCACGACUUCGAGCAUGGUUCUCGUGGUUGUAUACCACUCAAGCUGGCCCACUUCCAACUUCCUUCCGCUGGCGUGGUCGCCCGCUUAACAACCCUUCUCAGUUGAACCCCUUAACCCUUGCAUCUGGUCUCGAUGACUAUCCUCGCUCCUCCCACCCGUCAGAAAUAGAGCGUCAUCUAGACCUUCGCUGUUGGAUGGCCGCUUUCUCUCGAAUCAUCUCACGUCUAGCCACUCACUGCGAGACAACACUUCGCGUCUCCUCUCCCAACGACCCUUACCUUGUGCCCCUCAAAUCUCUCGCAGAUGAAUUCCAGGGAAUUGCUGCACAACUGCACGACAUGCAACGGUUGGACGAGUUGCAUUGGGAUGAAAGCAAUGGCAUUUAUGCUGACUAUGGCCUACAUUCAGACAAAGUGGCUCUGGUUCAACCCCCAAUGGAUAGAGCACCUGUGCCGGGAGAGCCACUGCCGACGAAACGCCGCAAAGUUUUGGAGGAGCCUCGUGAACAAUUUGUAUCAUCCAGCGUCGGUUAUGUUACAUUCUUUCCACUAUUUCUUCGAGUAAUCCCACACAACUCACCACGGCUACCCCAGUUACUCAAGCGCCUGGCUGAUCCCAAGCUCCUCUGGACACCCCACGGCCUACGCUCCCUCGCGCCCACUUCACCCUUCUACAAUCGCGCAAAUACUGAAAAUGAUCCGCCCUAUUGGCGUGGAGCGAUCUGGAUAAAUGUGAACUACAUGGCUGAUGAAGCGCUUCAACACUAUGCUUCGCACCCGGACACACCUCCAGAAGUGGCAAAAGAAGCUAGAAAAUUAAGACUAAAUCUUUCCAAAUCUGUAGUUGAUACCGUGAUUGGUGAAAUGAACCGGACAGGAGUGACAUGGGAGCGCUACGAUGACCAAACAGGUCGGGGUCUCAGUGGACAUCCGUUUAACGGAUGGACCGCACUCGUGAGUCUUUUCAUGACCAAUUGA